CCACCAGUUACGUGCAUGUCAUGUAAUGUACCUACAUUGCCUAGAUUCAACAACAAUCACCACGCUUCGUUCUUUGAAAGGAUUACAGAGUCUUUGUGUCCUACAUAUUCGAGAUAUGGGCUCUGUUGCUCGUUGAAACCCCGCUCUUCCACCGAGCUUCUCUUUCGGACUCUCUCCUGGGGCCAGCUGCCCGUCAUUUGUUGUUACCUCUUCAUACUCCGUCUCCGCCCAUCAUGUCAACAGGCAGCCUCCAUUCCACCCAAACGUCCCCUGGCGGCACGGGAGACCGAUUUGCACAUGCAGUAAUCGUCCUAGCUGGCGUAGCUGCCCUUGUUGCCAGUUUGAUCACUAUCCUAUCAGUAUGGUUACAAGCCAAAAACUACAGGAAACCCCUUCUGCAGAGAUAUGUGGUGCGCAUAUUGCUCAUGGUCCCAAUUUACUCCGCUUCUUCAUGGGCGAGUCUUGUUUCGCUGAAGGCUUCCUUCUGGAUAGGCCCCUUUCGAGAUGUCUAUGAGGCUUUUACCAUCUAUACCUUCUUCCAGCUGUUGAUCAACUUCAUUGGCGGCGAACGCGCGCUGAUUAUCCUCAUGACGGGCCGUGCUCCUGUCUCGCAUCUCUGGCCUCUGAACCUCAUCCUUCCAAAGGUUGACAUCUCCGAUCCACACACGUUCCUGGCGAUCAAGCGCGGCAUUUUGCAAUAUACAUGGAUGAAACCGAUACUCGCAGUCGCCGCGAUUAUAAUGAAGGCAACGGGUACAUAUCAGGAGGGCUAUAUCGGCGUCACAUCUGGAUACUUCUGGAGCGGUCUCAUCUAUAAUGUGAGCAUUACCGUUAGCCUGUACGCCCUCGCUAUGUUCUGGGUGUGCAUGUCGCACGACUUGAAGCCCUUCCGACCUAUGCCUAAAUUCUUGUGCAUCAAGGGCAUCAUCUUUGCCUCGUAUUGGCAAGGAUUCUUCCUUUCUAUUCUUGUCUUCCUGCGCGCCAUUCCUGGUGAUGUUCCUGGUUACACACCCGACAAUCUGGCUGCCGCCAUCCAGGAUGCACUGAUUUGUUUUGAGAUGCCUAUUUUCUCGCUUGCGCAUUGGUAUGCCUUCUCAUGGCACGAUUACGCCGAUCAAACAAUUUCUGCAGCUCGCAUGCCUGUGAAAUAUGCUCUACGCGAUGCCUUUGGACCCCAGGAUCUCAUCCAAGACACGAAGGAUACGUUUGGAGGCAAGCACUAUGAGUACCGCUACUUUGAUGCGCAUGACAAUGUAUUGGCACACGAAGAGUCGUCAUCCCGCGCGGCCAGAAUGAGGGAAGGAAUGAGAUAUGAAAGAGGAGGAAAGGGGAAAUACUGGAUUCCCAAACCCGGCCAACAUGAGCAGGAGCCGCUUUUAUCUAAAGUGAGCUCCGGUCGGGCCAGGACAAUGAGUCCCGGAGCACAUCGGGCGCUCGAUACGUCCAAGUACGGGGCGAUUGACGAGGAGGACGAACCACAGCUCAAUCCAGACGACGAAAGGCUGUUUGAUAGUGCACGCGCCCUAGAGUUUGGAGAUUGGAAUUAUCCGGUCAUAGAAGCACACAGAGCAUCACUCGAGGACCGAUUGUAUAGAAAUCCCAACAUAAUCACCGCGUCAACUAAUCGCAACCUGUUGCAACCUACCAAGGAGAAUAAGCGACGGCGCAAGAGUCAAAUCCAGCACCUCAAGGAGAAUGUCGACAAAGGGAAGCAAAGGAGCGAUUCCGAGAGCGGCGAACCAUCGAGCUCCAAAUCGCGUAGCGGUCUUGCAAACAAACUGUUAAGGCAGCAAUCUUCGUCAUCGACAAACUCUGCCAAGUCGGACAAGAGCCAACUAGUCGAUCUGGUUGUUGAAGAUCGUGAGGCGGAGGAGGUGGAACGAGUCCGGGCGCGCAAAGAAGGCGGACCUGGAUGGAACGAAGUCCAACCCAAACAUUUUGUCCACACAUACCCCCAAGAGGGCCAGGAUGAGGAGGUCCGCGAGGGUUUUGAUCCCGAUGCCCCCCAAGCUCACAACCCUGAAAGCGAGCAUAAUCUAGAUGCGCCGUUCGCGGUUGGCGGCAACGAGGAUAUAGAUAAGAAUCCAGAAGAUCGCAAACCCCACGUUUCAGAAGAAGCACAGCAAUGGGAAAGGCGAGAUUUCUCACCCGAAGGCAAUCGAAAGAGUGGUCCACAGUACGGUAGCUUCAGAGAAGAACGGAACGUGUGGGGCGAUGAGUGAGGAAAGACAUCGCCGGAGAUUAAUCAUCGACUGAACAGCAGUACGCCUAACGAUGGAUGCGGCGAAGGGGGCUUGGGGGUCAGCAUCAAGGCGGAGUCCACGAUGGAGGAACUCGUUUGGACAUUUUCAUUUUGGUUUUGUUUCGGCCGCGAAACUCCAGAUCAGCAUCAUUGGGGGAGGUGAUCGACCAUGUUCUAUACCCUUUUUCUGGACACGUGCAUACAUACAAUGAUUCGACUGUUUUGCUCAUUCUGUUCU